AUGUAGGCAUGCAGGCCGCCGGCAAAGGCCUAGGCCGCCGCCGCUGUCGCUAUGGCAACCGGGAAGUUGCCGGUCGGCAGGCAGAAAGGCACGGCCGCGCUCUCGGAGUUCUCGCGAGAGCCUGGGGGAAGCCGGUUCGGAGACUGAGGAGAGAGAGAGAGAAAGAGAGCGGGAUCCAGCAAGUGGAGGCCGAGGCGCGCGCUCGCCCGCUCGCUCGCUCGCUCGCUCGCGAGGAGGAGGAGGAGGCGGAGGCGGAGGGCCUUUUCAAACCCGGCGGGGAAAUGGCGGAGAACGACAAGUUCGAGGGGUCGGCGCCGUUGGGAGAAGCCGAAGAGGCGGCCGCCAACGACCACGAGCGGCAGCAGGAUGGAGAGGCGGGCGGAGCCGCCAGGCCGGAGAGCGGCGACGGCGCCAAUGGCGUCAAAAUGGAAAAUGAUGAAACGGGAAAGGAUGAGAGACCACCUGUGAAAUCAAAGUAUAUUUCAAAGCCUAAGGCAAUCCCGUCUCUUGGACACAGGAAUAGAUUCCAUCCUUACACAAAGGAGAAGGGUGCAGGCACUGGAGAAAAGAAGACCCUUAACCGUAACAGAGUAUUCAUUAGCAACAUCCCAUAUGAUAUGAAAUGGCAGUCUAUUAAAGAUCUUAUGAGAGAGAAAGUUGGUGAGGUUACAUACGUGGAGCUGUUUAAGGAUGCAGAAGGAAAAUCAAGGGGUUGUGGUGUUGUUGAAUUCAAAGAUGAAGAAUUUGUAAAGAAGGCACUGGAAACUAUGAAUAAAUAUGACCUAAAUGGAAGACCAUUGAACAUAAAAGAGGAUCCGGAUGGUGAGCACGCUCGCAGGGCGUUGCAGCGUGGGAGUGGACCCUACACGGGAGGACAUGGCCCAGAAAUAUCACCUGGCUUGAUGAAUUUGCCACCUUCUAUUAUUAAUAAUCCAAACAUUCCUCCCGAGAUUAUUAGCAAUCUGCAGGCUGGCAGGCUUGGGUCCACCAUCUUUGUUGCCAAUCUUGACUUCAAAGUUGGCUGGAAGAAAUUAAAGGAAGUGUUCAGCAUUGCUGGGACUGUAAAACGUGCAGAUAUUAAAGAAGACAAAGAUGGAAAGAGUCGAGGAAUGGGAACAGUGACUUUUGAGCAGCCAAUCGAAGCUGUUCAGGCUAUAUCUAUGUUCAAUGGACAAUUUCUGUUUGAUAGACCCAUGCAUGUAAAAAUGGAUGACAAAUCAAUUCCUCACGAUGAUUUCCGUGUAGCAGACAGCAAAACACCACAGCUACCUCGUGGUCUUGGAGGAAUUGGAAUGGGACUUGGACCUGGCGGGCAGCCCAUAAGUGCAACCCAACUGAGUAUGGGUGGUGGUGGAAUGGGGAGUGUGGCUCCUGGAGGUAUGGGAGUGGAUGGUCCAGGCUUUGGAGGAAUGAACAGAAUGGGCGGAGGUGUUGGCGGAUUUGGUGGCAUGAAAGGGAUGGCAAAUAUGGGAGGAUUUGGCGGAGUCAACCGAAUGGGAGGAAUGGGCAGUGUGGAUGAUUUCCGAGGAAAUAUUGGCAGUGGAAUGACUGGUGGCAUCGGAACAGGCAUGGGGGGCAUGGCAACAGGUAUGGGAGAAAUGUUCCGUGGAGGAAUGGGAGGAAAUAUUGAUAGAGACUUUGGUCGAACUGAUAUGGCAAUGAACCGUGGCUUUGGAGACUCGUUUGGAAGGAUGGGUGGUGCAAUGGUUGGUGGUUUUGCAGGAGGAAUGGGAGCUUCUAAUAUGGGCCCAGUAGGAUCUGGAAUGAGUAGUGGAAUCAGUGGUAUGAACAGUAUGACCGGAGGAAUGGGCAUGGGCAUGGGAAUGGAUCGGAUGAACUCCACUUUUGAUCGAAUGGGGCCAACCAUGGGAACUGGCCUGGAGAGAAAUAUCGAUAUGGAUCGAGGAUUUGUGCCUGGCCCAAUGGGCAGUGGUGUGAGAGACAGAGUAGGCUCCAAGGGCAACCAGAUAUUUGUCAGAAAUCUUCCUUUUGACUUGACCUGGCAGAAGCUUAAGGAAAAGUUCAGCCAGUGCGGUCAUGUAAUGUUUGCAGAAAUAAAAAUGGAGAAUGGGAAAUCAAAAGGCUGUGGAACUGUCAGAUUUGAUUCACCAGAAUCGGCGGAAAAGGCCUGUAGGAUAAUGAACGGCAUAAAAAUCAGUGGCAGAGAAAUUGACGUACGUUUGGAUCGCGUUGCAUAAUUUAUAAUUAAAUGUUGGGGAACAUUCCUUUUUGUCAGUUUAGCUUUUCUCUCCUUGUCUCCUCCUAGUGAGUCGUUUUUAGUAACAUUGUAUGCUUUACUUAAGUUGGAAAAACAAAACUUUUAAAACCCACCAGCCUUUAACAGUAUAGUGUUUAAUAUACUGUGAGUUCAUUAACUGACUCUUACUACAUUUUGGUUUUUGAAAGAGAACUUUCCUGACUUGUUCAGUGGUAUGAACACCCACACCUUCUCUUGAAGUCUGGGAGCUGUGGCUGUUUUAAUACCUCUCCAAAAUCAUGCUAAGUGUCUCUAGUCAUUCAGUUUAAAUGAAUGGUUCUACUGUUUUUAAUAAAACAAGCCAUUUCCUCUGUUUAACAAAGACUGUAUAGUGGAACUUGUUUUGUGUCAUAUUUCCCUAUGUUACAAUUGUAAUGUAAAGAAUGUGUCUUCCCCUUUUUUUACUCCCCCUUUUCCCUGUUUGUUUUACAUGCAUUUAUAGUCACUGCUACUCCUUUCUCUGAAAUGACAUGCUCUCAUUAAUUCUUGAUAGCCUUGAGCUUUUAAGUGGUUCUUAUGUCAUGAUGUGGAAUUUCUGUAAAUAAGUUUUAGAGCUCAAAGGGAAUGCUGGAGUUUUUUAUUUGACUAAAUGAAGAAACUAGUGCUUUCAA